AUGAGAAAAAGUUAUAAAUAUCGCUUGUAUCCUAAUCAACAAGAGAAAGUUCUAAUUGACAAAAUAUUAGAAACUUGUCGUUGGCUCUAUAACUACUUCCUAGCCGAAAGGAGGGAUAAAUAUGAAAAAGAGCAAAAGAAAGUCAGUUAUACCCAACAACAAAACUCUUUACCUGAACUAAAAGAAACUAAUCAUAAUCUCCGAGGCAUUUAUUCCCAAGUUCUCCAAGAUGUAGCCCAAAGAGUUAAAAAGGCUUUUCAAGGCUUAUUUUUGAGAUUAAAAAGUAAAACAAGCAAAGCAGGUUAUCCAAGGUUCAAAUCUUUUGGGAGAUAUGACAGUUUCACUUACUCCCAAAAUAAUGGGAGUUAUAAAUUAGAACAAGACAAAUUAAGGUUAGCCAACAUUGGUAAGGUGAAAAUUAAACUUCACCGAGAACUAGUGGGAGAAAUUAAAACUUGCUCUAUCAUAGUUAAGAAUGGGAAAUAUUAUGCUUGCUUCUCUUGUGAAGUUGAGUCCAAAUUGCUACCAAAGACAAAUAAAAAGGUUGGUAUUGAUUUAGGCUUAACUUCCUUUUUGGCUACUAGUGAGGGUGAACUUUACCAAGCACCCAAAACUUAUCGAAAGAGUGAAAAACAAUUAGCCAAAGCCCAAAGGAAAGUUAGCCGUAGGAUUAAGAAGAGCAAACGGAGAAAGAAAGCCGUAAUUCUUUUGGCUAAACAGCAUGAGAAAGUUAGCAACCAAAGAAAAGAUUUAGCCCAUAAAUUAGCCAAAGAGUUGGUGGAAAAAUAUGAUGUGGCAGAAACUGGUAAGCAGGGAGUAGAAGUAAAUGCUAAAAACACUAGUCAGAUUUGUAGUGAAUGUGAUAAGCAAAGAGAGCAAAAACUCCAAUUAAGUCAAAGGAAGUUCACUUGUUCUUUUUGCCCUUAUUCAGACAAUCGAGAUAUAAAUGCUGCUCGUAAUAUAUUGAAACGAGCAGAAUGGGUCGGUUCGACCCUUCAAGGAGCAGUCUCGUUAGAGGCUAUUCGUAAAAGAAGAAGUAUCUUAAUUAAAGGUUCUGUGGCAAGCCCCCGAGUAGUCUUAAGUGAAUCAAACCGCUACUUGCGAGUCCAAGCCAUUGACGAUGCGGCUGGCCAUACUCUCCUUGCCUCUUCCACCCAGGAUUUUGUGGAAAAAGAUAAUAAUUUUUCCCUCAAGAAUAGAGAUUAUGCUAAAAAACUGGGCGAAGUGUUUGCUGAAAAGUUAAAAAAAUCCGGUCAAAAAAAAAUCGUUUUUGACCGCAAUGGUCAGAAAAGUCACAAUAGUUUGGAAAAAGAAAAGGUUGUUGAACUAGUCGAAGGUCAAUUAAUCGGCACGGAAGAAAUUAAGGAAAAGCCGGUUCCAGAAAUAACAAACAAACCAGAAUCUACCAAUAGCGAGGAUAAUACUGACUUGCCAACAAAUCGGAAAAGCAGAGCAUUUUCGGAUUUCAGAGGCAGAGAAAGAGAAAAAAGAGAGUAUUUUCGAUCCCAUAUUCAAAAAACUAUUCUGAAAACUUGGCGACCGGUUAAAGUAACCAAAGGGGGGCGUCGCUUUAGUUUCACCUCUUUGACUUUAAUCAAGGAUGAGGAAAAAAAAAGUGUCGCUUACGCUCAUAUGGGGGGCAAAGAGCCUAUGAAAGCCUCCGCUAAAGCUUUUCGUAAAGCCCAAAAAAAAUUACUUAAUUAUUUUUCUACAGCACCCCGCACUAUCCCUCGUGACAUAACA